AUGGCAUCACCGUCCGAUUUAACCGGAGACAACAUCGCCGGAAUCUCGUUAAAUCCUUCGGCGAGUAGCCGUGUAACUUCUGUAUACAGCGAAGUCCAAGCGAGUCGUAUCGACCACUCGCUCCCUCUUCCUUCCGUUCUUACAAGCCCCUUUAAGAUCGUCGAUGGUCCUCCGAGCUCCGCCGCCGGAAACUCAGAGGAGAUUGCGAAAUUAUUCCCAAAUCUAUUUGGACAACCAUCGGCUUUAUUGGUUUCAGACCAAUCUAAUAAUGCAAUUCCAUCGGACCAAAAGCUUAGGAUUGGUGUUGUGUUGUCUGGUGGUCAAGCACCUGGAGGACACAAUGUUAUUUGUGGAAUUUUUGAUUACUUGCAGGAACAUGCGAAAGGAAGUAGUCUGUUUGGUUUUCGUGGUGGACCAGCUGGAAUCAUGAAGGGCAAAUAUGUUGAGCUUACUUCUGAUUUUGUGUAUCCUUAUAGAAACCAGGGUGGAUUUGAUAUGAUAUGCAGUGGAAGAGACAAGAUUGAAACUCCAGAGCAGUUUCAACAAGCUGAAGAGACUGUAACAAAGAUGGACUUAGAUGGUCUUGUGGUUAUUGGUGGAGAUGACUCCAAUACCAAUGCUUGUCUCCUCGCUGAAAACUUCAGAGGCAAGAACAUGAAAACUCAAGUUAUUGGGUGUCCCAAGACAAUCGAUGGCGAUUUGAAGAGCAAAGAAGUCCCUACAAGUUUCGGGUUUGAUACUGCUUGCAAGAUAUACUCAGAAAUGAUUGGAAAUGUUAUGAUCGAUGCACGUUCCACGGGAAAAUACUAUCACUGUAUGGUGGCUAAAAUAGAGACAGAGAAAAUGCUGAUUCAAAUGGUUGAAACCGAGCUAGAUAAAAAGAAGGAGGAGGGUACAUACAAACGCGAGUUCAUGGGGCAAUCACACUUCUUUGGGUAUGAAGGAAGAUGUGGACUGCCUACGAAUUUCGAUGCAACUUACUGUUACGCAUUGGGUUACUGUGCUGGAUCACUCCUCCAGAGCGGGAAGACCGGACUAAUCUCAUCGGUUGGGAAUUUGGCUGCUCCGGUUGAGAAAUGGACCGUUGGUGGUACACCGCUUACUUCAUUAAUGGAUGUUGAGAGAAGACAUGGUAAAUUCAAGCCAGUUAUCAAGAAAGCUAUGGUUGAGCUUGAAGGAGCACCGUUUAAGAAAUUUGCGUCGCAGCGGGAAGAAUGGGCGUUGAAGAAUCGAUACAUUAGUCCUGGUCCGAUUCAGUUUAAGGGACCGGGAUCUGAUGCGAUAAAUCACACCUUACUGCUCGAGCUUGGGGCUCAAGCCUAA